CCAUUCUCUCCCCUCAAAAAAGUAAGACAUAUAAAUAAUUAAUUACUUAAUUUGCUGCAAAAAGUGAAGAAAGAUAUCGACGACUAUCCUUCUCUCCUAGGGCUUCCCUCUUUGCCCUAAUUUCUUGGGAUCUUGGUCGAGGACUUCGAUUUGGGGAGCGAUGGCGGGUUCGUUAGUGGAUCGGGCGACGAGCGAUCAUCUGAUCGGUCCUGAUUGGGCCAUGAACAUGGAGAUCUGCGAUAUACUAAAUCGUGAUCCUGGGCAAGUCAAGGAUGUUGUAAAAGGUCUCAAAAAACGUCUUGGUAGUAAGAAUCCGAAAGUCCAGCUUCUCGCACUCACUUUGUUAGAAACAGUGAUAAAAAAUUGUGGCGAUGUUGUCCAUAUGCAUGUAGCAGAGAAGGAUGUACUCCAUGAGAUGGUGAAGAUAGUGAAAAAGAAGCAUCCUGAUUUUCGUGUCAAAGAAAAGAUAUUGAGUUUAAUAGACACAUGGCAUGAGGCAUUUGGUGGCCCAAGAGCAAGAUAUCCACAGUACUUCGCAGCAUAUCAAGAGCUGUUGAGGCUUGGGGCUGUAUUUCCUCAAAAAUCUGAGAGCUCUGCACCUGUGUUUACUCCUCCUCAGUCACAACCAUUAUCAUCCUAUCCUCAAUCAGUAAGAAGCCCCAAUUAUCAGCACGAAGCACCAGAGAUUUCUGCUGCAUCUGAGUUUCCCACCUUGAGCCUCACAGAAAUUCAAAAUGCCCGUGGUAUCAUGGAUGUUCUUGCAGAAAUGCUGAAUGCUUUAGAUCCUGGAAACCGAGAGGGACUGAAACAAGAGGUUAUUGUUGACCUUGUUGACCAGUGUCGUACUUACAAGCAGAGAGUGGUGCAUCUUGUAAACACAAGCUCGGAUGAAGAGCUUCUUGGUCAGGGUCUUGCGCUGAAUGAUGAUUUGCAACGUGUUCUAGCAAAACAUGAUGCUAUUGCUGCAGGAGUUGCUGUUCGCAUGGAGAAACCAAAAUCUCUUCAGUCACUGGUGAAUAUUGAUAAUUCUUCAGUUUCAAACAAGGGUGCACAGCCAGAGCAGAGUUCUGCUGCAAGCACGAGUAGUCAACCUCCUCUUCAGCAGUUACUCUUACCUGCACCUCCAGUAUCCAAUGGAUCGUCAGCCCCUACACUAAAGUCUGAUUCUAUAAUAGAUCUUCUCAGCGGGGAUGAUUACAGUAAACCUGCAGCAGAGAAUCCACUGGCUCUUGUUCCGAUUAACGAGCCAGUUUCACUUACUCCAUCUGAUCAGAACGUCUUAGCACUUGCAGACAUGUUUCCUCAAAACAACAGCACCAGCAACAGCAAUAUAGCUACACCUGUUGUUUCUCAUUCUCAGACUGCUAUUUAUUCUAAUGGAGGCAUCCAAAACUCUGGAUCACCUAUUUAUGCGCAUGCAGCUUAUGCAUCAGGAGCACAAAUAAACAAUGCAAAUCCUGCAUGGAAUGGCCAACAGCAAACAAUUGACUAUGGCAACAAAGAUCAGAAUGGAGCUUUUCCUCCACCACCCUGGGAAGUUCAACAAUCAGAUGGGCAGGAUUCACAAUCAAUACAAAAUGGCCAUGUGGGAGGAAUGCAACCCAAUUUUUUGCAAACAAACCAAUUUGGAGGCCUUCAACCUCAACCUAUACAAAACCCUCAGUAUAUGGGAACAUCCCCUUAUGGCCAAGUAGGAGGCAUAUAUCCCCAGCCAAUGCAACCUAUGAUGCCUCAGCAACAAGCCAUAUAUGGAGGCCAAAUGGUGAUGGGUUAUGGAUAUGGACCACUGCCAAAUGCCCAAUUCUAUCAUCAGAGGACACAAUCAUACCCUUACGGAGCUCCAAACGACCUCUCGCAAAGAAUGUAUGGACUCUCUACGCAAGAUAACUCCUCAUACAAUCAUAUUCCCACUUCAACCUCUUAUUUGUCACAGUCCAACAAGCCUUCAAGGCCAGAAGAUAAGCUUUUUGGUGAUCUUGUUAAUAUGGCAAAGACCAAACCGAGCAAAGCUGGUAUUAAUAAAGUUGGGAGCUUGUGAAAUCUGUGAGAAGAUUCUCAUCUGAUUUUAUUUAGGAUUCUUUUGGCUUGUUGUACUUCAGUGUUUGCUGUGCAUAUUCUUCUUUCCAUCUUCUCAUUUUUGUAUAUUCUGUCAGUUAAUUUGAUUAUGUAUAUUUUAGCUAGAGAGGUUUGAUAGCAUGCUAUGUAUUGUGCAUUUUUUUGAACCAUCAAGAUGACAAAUUUUCAUAAUUGGGCUAGUAAAGUUUCCUGGUUCUGUUUUUUCCCA